GCGGGGCCGCUGAGGCGAUCCCGGCGCCCACGCAGGGGAUGGUGGCGUGUCGUUAGUGCCGGCGCCUGGAGUUUCCCUCGGGAAUGGGUUAAUGAGUGUUUGGGGUUUUAGGUUAAUGCCGCCCGGCGGUUCCGCCCGGGCAGGGGCCGUGGCUCUUGGUUGCUCUGCCGAGAGCUUGCAGGAGCUCGGGCAUCCCUCCGUUCCUCUGAGCGGCUCACGGAGGCCACCGGCCCCACUGAGGCAGCACAGGAGUGCUGGGAUCACUCUGCCAUGUCGUGUCCGUAAAACACCUGAGCAGAAGCCGGAGUGGGAUCUCUUUCCCCCCUUAGCUCAGGAUAACACAUGCCUGCACACCACGGUGAAGUUUCUGAGGAAAACUGGAGCUGAGCAGAGGUGGUUGGAGCGGCACUUGAAGGAUCCCUUUGUCAAGGCAUCGAAGCAGCAGCAUUACCGGUGCCGAAGUGCCUUCAAGUUGCUGGAAAUUGAUGACAAGCUCUGUGUUCUUCGUCCAGGAUUUUCUGUUCUUGACUGUGGAGCAGCACCUGGUGCUUGGAGCCAGGUUGCUGUAGAGAGGGUCAAUGCCUUAGGUACUGAUGCUGCUGUCCCCACUGGCUUUGUGCUUGGCGUGGACCUGCUGCGGAUUUCUCCUCUGGAAGGAGCGGUUUUCCUGUCGGAGACUGACAUGGCAGAGCCCAGCACGCUGAGGGCCAUCCAGAGCCUGCUUCCCUUAGGGAAGGCAGAUGUCAUCCUGAGUGACAUGGCACCCAACGCCACGGGCAUCAAAGAGCUGGAUCAUCAGAAGCUGAUCAGUCUGUGUUUAGGCCUUCUGGAUAUGUCCCAAAGCAUUUUAAAGCCAAAAGGAACGAUGCUCUGUAAAUUCUGGGAUGGAUCCGAGGCCCGUCUGCUGCAAAACAGACUGAAGGAGCAGUUCCAGGAUGUGAGAACUAUAAAGCCUCAGGCCAGCCGGAAGGACUCUGCGGAAUCUUAUUACUUGGCAAGGCUGUACAGAGGGAAAUGAAAGUCAUGAGCUGCAGAUUCUCUGACACGGAUUGGAAAUUUCAAUUUAGUGGGUGUUUAAAGGAAAAUCCCACCAUUAAGACCUUGGGAAAGUUUGCUACUCUUCUUUAAGUCCAUCAGGCUUUUCAAAUACUUGCGGACAAAAUGGUUGGGAAUGGAGAGGAAUAACCUGAAAGGCAACCUCUGGAACUGGAGUAAUAGAAAUGAAAAUAAAAUGCUGAUCAUAUGA